AUGACAACUGACAAAGUUUGUGGUUGUAAUGUUGUCACAUCUGCUGGAGUUGUUACCAGUUUGCAGCUGAUCGUUCUCUUAUUGACUCUAUCCAGUACCGGGCUCAUUUUGUCUCGAUAUCGAACAUGGCAGACUGCUUAUCCACAGACGCAAUACAAUGCAACUGCUAUGGCGGCUUCUAAUAAUACAUUGAAAUUCAAUGCAACGAUCUGGAGUGAGUCGUGGGUUGAGCUUGGAAUGGCUUGGUAUGUUGGAUUCGGAGCAUUCUGGCUUUUCUCUAUCCUCAUCCUGGUUUUAUCCUUCAAAUAUUAUCGCCCUGUGUUUGUUGUUCCAAACUUCACAGCUCUAGUUGUUGGAAUUUUCAUGAAUUUGCUGGCUUUUGGUGUUCUGUUAGCUCGAAUCUUGGUGGUUUCAAAGGACUAUAGAACUGAUGAGUAUCAGGAAGCAAUCAUCAUUUAUGUGAUGGGACUGUGCUUGUUUGCUGCUCUCUGCUGCCUUCUAUUCAUUUGUUUUAUUUCAAAGUAUCACACGUUCCUGCGAAACCGAUAUGGUCACCAAGUACCGAAAUUCAUCCAAUCGAGAGCACGGACUGGUUACCACGACGAGGCAUACUAA